AUGGAGGCAAAAAUGAGAAAAAAAAUACAGUAAAAGUACAAAAGUACUAAAAUUUCAGUCUUAAGUCUUUUUCAUCAACAUUUUAUGAUUGAUUAAAAAACAUGCUGUUUUUUAGGAAACAAUACAUUCAGAAAACUUUCAAAACGUUUUAAAUGUUUUAUUUUAUCAGAUAAUUUAUUUGUUAUAACAGUAAUAUUUUCUUUUCUCUUAUUUUGUAUCACUUAAACUUUUUGAAUUCAUUGGUUUUUUUAGCCACUUUGCAAAUUAACAUGAUUAGAUUUUUGCAAAAAAAGAAGAUUUUAAGGAGCAAUAUUAAAAAAGUUGAGCAACUUGUCAGGGUCUGAAUUAUUUUCUUUUCAUCUUAGAGUAACACUUCAAAGUCCAAAUUUCAAAAAAUUCUGAAAAGGGCUUUUUGUAGAUAUUUUCUUUAAAAAUGUGUCAAUGAUAAUUUAGAAGAACGUAAUGAUUUUAGUUACCAAAUGCAUAUAAUCUGUAUCUGUGAAAAGUCUAUGUACUAAUUGUACUAGUUAAAUUCUUUUUUUAAUGAAAUCUGCAUAAUACAGUGUAACCCCUCUAAUCAGAACAGCCUGUGGCCCAGAGUAAAAAUUCGGUUUGGAGGGGUUUGUCGAUGGAAAGUGUGCUAAGUUACAUUAGUUAAUAGUUAUGAAAUUACCAAGCAACAUAAUUCAUUUUAAAUCUUGUUUAGUUACUGUAUAAAACAACACCAUUAAAGAUCUAAUGGACGUGUCUUACCAAAAUUUAGUAUAUUCUGUUAGUCAUGAUAACAGAUAAGUACAGAAAUUCUGCCUUUAAAAUUGUUCGGUUGACACUGGUAGUUUUGUGUUGAUAAAUAGAUGUUCAGUCUGGAAAAAUUGUUCAGUUUCCAGAAAAUUUACAGGGGUAUUUUUCUAAUGAAAUGAGAAAACCAAAUUUUGGGACAGCAAAAAUUUGUUCAGCUUGGAGCAGUUUCCUGUAUUCAGGGGUUCCAGUUUAAAGGGGUUCCACUGUAUAGAAGUGUGGUGACCUGAAAGAUAGGUUGUAUCAGUUAUUCAAGUAGGACAUACAUUAAAUACUUAGAAUAUAAUUUUUCUGAAGGUAACAUUGGGUUACUUAAAAUCAAGAAAGAAUUGCAGCUUUGUUGUCUGCAAAGUUUGACAUAAAUACAGAAUGAUUAACACUUCAAAAUUAUAUAUAUGUUUUCUUUGUUGUGUUUUUAAAUAAAUUUUGCACAGUGAAUGUAAGUGUUCAAACGCUAUUUUGAGAAAGGUUAUAACUGUAUGGUAUUUUUUCUAUUUGCAUAUAUUUUCAGCAGAGGCUUCAACAGCUGAUCGUCCAGAAGGUGGACAGUUCCUGGCCUUAUUUAGACAAAUCUUUCUGUCAAUUUUCAAUAUAGAUUUUCAAGUAAAGAGUCCUUAAUGGUGUUAAUUAUGUCUCCCACCACACAGUGGUGUGGGACACAUAUUAAUUUACUCCUGUCAGGCAGUCUGUCUGUCACAAAGUUUGUCCGCACUCUAAGUCGAACAUUUCUCAUCCGAUCUUCACCAAACUUGAACAAAAUCUGUUUGCCAAUAAGUCCUUGGCUGUGUUUGAUAAGUAACCAAAUCGGCCCAGGCACUUUGGAAUUAUUGCCCUUAAAACUUGUUUUUUUUUUUUUUUUUGAUAAUCAAAGCACUCAAAGUCUGAUAAGGCAGUUGAGGUCUUGGUACAUGGUUGACUCAUAUACUAUUAUUCAGAUGAUUAGGCAGUUGUGGGAGACAUGCGCUUUUCUCAAAAGCAGCUCUAGUUAGACUUAAGGUUACAGAAAACUUAUUUCUUUUCAAAAACAAAAGACUUCCAUCAUAUUAAAUAGGAUACAAAACUAAAAAGGUUUUGUUUUGUGUCAGGGGAUUUUAGUGACAUUAGUCCGGCUUUUGCUUAAAAAACGUCUAUAGCUUCUUUUUUUGUUUUCUUUUAAAGUGAAGUAAAAUGAGACUAUACUAAGACACAAAGAAUCUGUUUUUCUAUUGUGUAUUUUCAGCUGUUGAUCACGUCACUUCUCCCAAAUGACUUCUAAAGAUGGUUUGCUCUGAGUUGAAAAUACAUCGAACAUUGGUUCAAAUGCCCUGGACAUCUUCUUACACUUGCUGCCAUACUCUUAUGAUUGUUCAAAAGGGUUUUUGUUUUAAUUUUGUAACAUAACGUUUCAUAGUGAAAAUAAUAGUAUAGUGUAAAUAUAGUCUUUAUAUUUGUUAACCUUUUUUUAUAUUUGAUUGAUAACUGAUUAAAAAAGAUCAAGAAAAAGUAAGCCUCCAGUUUAGCUCAAUAGGGAGAGCUUGGAUCACAGGGUUCUGUGUUCAUUCUCCACGUUAGGCGCAUGUUCUCUGUGAGGAUUUAGUAAAAGAUGUGUUUAAAGUCAUUUAUCUUCCACCUCUGAUUUAUGUGGAGAAGUUGGCAGUUACUUGCAGAGAAUAGGUUAGUAAUGGUACACAGUCUUGGAAUACUGGAUAGGUUAACUGCCUACCAUUUACAUAACUGAAAUAAUGUUGAAAAAUUGAGCUAAAUCCAAAACAAAUUAACAGUAAGAAGAGAUGCAUAUUGAUUGAAUACCAUACUAUCUAGUUACAUUAUUAGGUAACACAGCCAGUAUUUGCGGACUCUGACACCUUUAAAUAGAAGUAAGAAUCCUUUUUUGUAUGAUUGGCUGUAUACAGUGUAAUACAUCUUAGACUCUUAGGGAGUGGACACUUGUAUCCAGACCAACAUUUUUUUUUGUCUCUGUAUAUAAACUGUAGUAUAAUAUAGAUAUUUUACUUUAUUGCAAUCAUACUAAAAUGGGGAGAUUUUCUGUUUUGUAUCUUUCAGUAUUGUAGCUGCCACACAGAUCUGACAUUCAAGAUGAUUAAAAUAUCCACAUGCUUCAAGGAAAGCACAUUUUGAAAAUUAGAUUUUUGUGUUGAUUUACUCUGUUUAAAACUUAUUCAGUUCAAUUUUAAAUUAAGAUGCCAUAUUUGUCCUUACACUAUAUAUAUAUGUCAAUUUCUGCACCAACUGGCUAGUUUAGACUAACUGAAAAGUACACAGUUCAAGUUCCUCCAUGAUUUUGGAUUGUGUGAAAACAGAAUUUCUUUAUCAAAUUGUAUUUUAUUAUAAUAAUCAGCAUACAAAAGUUAAACAUUUUAAUAAUGUUGUUUGAAAAUUUUCAAAAUGAAAUUUUGUUUACAGUAAAUUAUGACAAUUUUUCUUCAUAUUUGUAUAGAAAAUUUUUCUACACUUUAAUGAUUCAGCUUCAAAAUUUGAUUAGAAUAAAUGUCGUCCAAAAAGGGAAGUUCUGGUGAUUCUUUCGCUUAGUUUUGGCCACCUAGCUUUUAUCAAGAAUGGAACAUUUUUCACUGUUAUGUCAUAUCCACUUAUGUAGAUUGUUACAGGAUAUCAAGCAUAUACAUGUAUCUUGUAACUGUUUACAUAAAAAUGGAUGUAAACUACCAGUAAUGUGAAAUGUAAACCCAUUCUUGAUGAUGGACAGGUGGCCAAAACUUCAGAGCAAAGAGUUAUUUAGAUCAGAUUUUUAUAGUAACAAUUGAUUAUUCAUCUGGAAUUGUAACAAGAUUAAUGUAGUCAAUACCAAUUUGAAUAGCAGUUGGAUUUGGACCAAAUUCAAAUACACUAACCAUAUUCGUGAGGGCAAAUAUGGUGUGUAAUAUAAAAGAAAUAAUGACAACUUCAAUAGUACUUUAAUGAAAGCUAACAUUGCAGAAUGACUUAAAAUCAAAAUUAAACAUGUCAAAAUUGAUAUGUAUUUGGUAGUCAUUUGGGAACAGAAAUUAUGGAAAGCCUUUUUCUGUUUUCUGUAUUUUCAGCAAAUUAUACCGCUUGGAAUGAAAGUCGAUGUUUACUUGAAAAUCAGUGGAUAAAAGAACAUACAUACUGAAAAGGGGCACUGAAUCAACACAGCAAUAAAUGGGCUUACCCGCAUGAAAAGAUGCGAAAAAUACGCGGUCGUCCUGACAGCGAUAUCACCUUGUUGACACCAGACAGACAAGCGAUGAAAUCCCACAGUCAGACAUGUCAGGACCUGUCCUGGAGGGUCCAGGAGCCAAGAGGGAGUUGAAACCCUUUACAUUGCCAAAAUUGACGUCCUCCCAACAAGAUGCUCUCCAGUCAGCCAAGAAAUAUGCCAUGGAAGCUAGUAUUAAAAGUGUACUUGUAAAACAAACUAUAGCCCACCAACAUCAGCAAAUGCAGAAUUUCCAGAACACAGUACAGAGACAGCAGGCAUUGGCUCUGAUGUGCAGGAUAUAUGUCGGGAGUAUAAAUUUUGAAAUUAAAGAAGAUACCAUCAAACAGGCUUUCCUGCCAUUUGGCCCCAUAAAGAGUGUAAACCUGUCGUGGGAUCCUAUCACCAACAAACACAAAGGAUUUGCAUUCAUAGAGUAUGAUAUCCCAGAGGCAGCACAGUUAUCAUUGGAACAGAUGAAUGGUGUAAUGAUUGGAGGGAGAAAUAUAAAGGUUGGUCGACCAAGUAACAUGCCCCAGGCACAGCCAAUUAUUGAACAGAUAGCUUCAGAAGCUAAAAACUACAAUAGAAUAUACAUAGCAUCUAUACAUCCUGAUCUUACAGAGAAAGAUAUUUCAAGUGUAUUUGAAGCCUUUGGGAAGAUAGUAAAUUGUAUGUUAAUAAAAGAUCCAACUUCAAAAGGCGGACAAAGACACAAAGGUUAUGGUUUCAUAGAGUACACAAAUUCUCAGUCAGCCACGGAUGCUGUAGCGUCUAUGAACCUGUUUGAUCUUGGUGGACAGUACCUGAGAGUAGGAAGAGCAAUAACACCACCAGAUGUACUAAUGCAGCCGCAGACACCUGGACUGGGUGCCAUGCCAACAGCAGCAGCAGUAGCAGCAGCAGCAGUCACAGCUAAAAUUACAGCAAUGGAUGCUCAACAACAACUCAUGCCACCUGGAGUAGUUAACCCAGCACAGUUAGGUGUAACUGGUAGCCCUAAACUAGGCAUGCAAGCAGAUAUCAACAUGAUUGGAGGACCGGGAGUAGUAAUACCACAGUCACUCGGGAUGUCAGCCCCUGUGGCAAAUAUUCCCCCACCCGGUGUAGUUACUGCUGGAUUGGCCGGAACUAAGCCACUGCCAAAAGUAUCAACUAUGAUGCCCCCAACUAAAUCAUCAUCAGGUAACAGUCUUCAAGCAGCCAUCUCUUCAAUGGUCGACUCCGACAUGUCAUCAGAGAAACGACGAGAGAAAGAAAAAGAGAAAGAACGAGAGAAGAAGGAAGCCGAGAAGAAAAUGGCGGAGGAAGAAGUUAAUCAAACGUUAGAACAGCAAGAGACAAUGAAGAUCAGUGGAAGCAAUGCUAGACACAUGGUGAUGCAGAAAUUAAUGAGACAAUCUCAGAGUCGAGUUAUGGUAUUAAAGAACAUGGUAGGACCGGAGGAUUUAGAUGACGAGUUACAAGCGGAGGUUUCCGACGAAUGUGGCAAGUACGGGCAGGUGAACCGUGUAAUCAUAUAUCAGGAAAAACAAGGAGAGGAGGAGGAUGCUGAGAUUAUUGUUAAAAUAUUUGUGGAGUUUACUGAUUCUUCUGAAGUGGAAAAAGGUUGCCAAUCAUUGAAUGGUAGAUAUUUCGGUGGACGUGUUGUGCAGGCUGAGAAAUACGAUCAGGACUUGUUUGCUGCCAAUGAUCUCUCUGGUUGAACAAUUUCUCUCAUGUGCAGUCAUGAACUCGUAUCAUAAAGAGAUUUAUCUUUGUUUGCUGCAAAGGCUGUCACAUCUGUAAUAAGGCUGUGAAAUAAAGGCAUCUCACAUUUUGAUCUAUGACUUACUGUGGCCCAUGGGAUUACAAUGAAGUUGGUCUUAUUUUUGAAAUUGUGAAGUAUAUAAAUCAUAGCGAAUGAUUGUAUGGAAAUGGUGAUUGCUGAUAAGUUUGAAAAAGGAUUUUGUUAACAGAAUCUUUAGUAAUGACAUACCUGUUGAUCUCGAUUUAGAAACAAUCUGUAAAUGUGUAAUAAAUGUGCUGUAGCAUGAAGAAGCAGAGUUUUAGAUUUUUAUACAUGUAUAUACGAGUUACAUAGUGGAACACUCUGCAUAGUUUAUAAGAUGUGUGAAAUGAAAUGCUUUUACACAAAAAGAAAAACUGAUGUAGUUGACAGCGACUGGUUUUUAGUUUUGAGAAAAUAGAUAUGCCAGACAUGUUAUUUGAAUACUUAAAAGCUAUACCAGAUGAAAGCUAAAUGAAAAUCGUAUCAUUGGGUAUAACUUACUUUAUGUAACCAUAACAAACUCAUUAAUGAAUGGUGAAAGGAUUCAGUUUUAGAUCAAAGUUAUAUAGGCCUAUAUGGUUUUCUAUCUUCUUGCAUGUAGUAAUGUGCUAUGAUUAAGAAAUAAUUUAUAGCAAAAGAAUGUUUUAACACUUAUUUAUGCGGUUAUACGUAGGGCGUAAUUAUUUCACGAGGGCUGUGCCCUCGUGAAAUUAUUUGUACAACGUAUUACCAGCCAAGUGUAUAAAUAGUGUUAAAAUAUGGGUUUGGUAUAAAUUAUUUCGAUUCUGAUAUGCCCUUAAUCUAAAGCAGUAGAUAUAAUAUAGACUUAGUAGCGCUCUUUCUUGGUCGCAACAAAAACAUCGAUGUCAUCGCACGUUAACGUGAUGUCGUUCUAGCGUAAGAGUAUUUUAACACAAAAAAGCAUAUUAGAAUGUAAUUUUCAUCACACUUCUAGGUUUAAGCAUUCAAAAAGAUUUAAAUCAUUACUGUAAAGUUACUUUGAUUUAUAGAGCCAGUAUCAGUGACACACAUUUAACUACGGAUAUACUUGAAACUGAUAAAAAAAAAAGUCCUGCAUUUCUGAAUGGAAAAUGUAAAUGGAGGUUGAAACGGUUGUAAAUAUUUCCAGUAUUGUGCUUAGGUAGAUUCCAUUUCUCACUGUAGAUACCAUUGCAGUUUAAUGUUGUGGGUUUGUGAAUAGAUUGUAUCAGGAUUGUUAACAGUGCUUCAUAUAGCAAUAUUGACAGCUGGUUGGUUGUCUAACAGAUUGCUUAUACCGACUGUAGAUGUUUCAGAAAAUACUGAGCGUUUUCAAGCUUAUGUUAAAACUUGCAUUCAUUAGCCUAGAAUCCAUGACUGAAGUUAUAUAGCUUGUGUAAAUGAACAGUUUGUUUCUUUUUAUACUUGUGCAUCUCUUUGAAGAAGAGGAGAACCUCUUGUUUUGCAUAAAUUGUUUGUCAUUACAUGUAUGAUCAUUAGCUGGAGAAAACUCCUGGGUCAUUGGCCCUUAAAAUGAGCAUUAUAAAUGUUUCGGUAAAUCAUGCCGAUUGUCGUUUUUGUAUCGCUCAUAGUUCACAACUGAGGCAGAAUAUUACAUACAAAGUAACUUUAAGGUUAUGUUAACCUUUGUUAGGUUGAUGUGUUUUACAAACAUCGCUUUUUGAAGGAGGUUUGACAGCUGUUUAUUCGGUGAUCCAGUCACUGUUUUUAACAUGCUGAAACUGGGCAUUGUAAAGCAGUGCAUGGAAAAAGGUGUUUUUAAUAUUUAAAGUGAUAACAUGUUAUGAUAUGUUUCUGGUAUUUGUUGUAAAGUGUUCAUGAUGAGUUAGUAAAAGGUCAUCAUUGUAUUAUUCCAUUGUUUUAUGAUUCAUUUUCAUCAUAAAAAUCUGUCAUAAUAAUUUAGUGAAUCACAGCAACAUUAUGUAUGUUGCUACAAUUAUUUUUUCUGCAAGACAGAAAAUGGGAAAAUAUCUGAAUCCUUUAGAAACCAAAACUAUGAAAUUUAGACUGCUUCAUUAAUGUGAUUUUUAACAUUUUCUGAUCGGUAUGUUGUUUAUAUUGUGCUGUCAGUGAUUAACUUCACAACAAUUGGCCAGAUGAUAAAAUCUUGAAUCAAUCAAACAAAUUCACAAACUUUCAGGAUACACAAAAUAAGCUGAAGAGACUGAUGUAUUGUCUGGUAAAUAGUAUUGAUUCUCCAGGACUGUAAGAUGUAUCAAGGGUUAAAAGGCUUCAUUGGGAAAAAUGAGGAAUAGUUUUUAUAUGAUUAAACAUUAAAGUCUUUGUACAGUGCUGACAACUUUGUUUCUGUCUGCUUAUUUUCUGCUUCAUGUAGUUAAAAUCAACAAGUUGUGUGUGAAAUAUAAGUACAUUUAAAUAUAGUUCAUCAUGUGUAUUUGAUGCACGUGUAUGCUUCAUUGCCAGCAAUUGUUUUAUAUUUACAUCAUUAUCAGUAUCAUCUUCAUUGUUAUUACUACCAUUCUCGGUAUAUUUCAUGUAAAAUGUGGUUAAAACAGAAAAAAAUAAAGAAAUAAAAAAAGA